GGGGAGGCUGCGGGUCAGGCCCGGGUCCCGGCGGCCGGGCCCGGACACCCCGCGGGCGAGCGAGGAUGCUGGCUGUGUCGCUCAAGUGGCGGCUGGGCGUGGUGAGGCGGCGGCCCAAAGAUGACGGGCCUUACUCCAAAGGAGGGAAAGACACAGGAGGGGCGGAUGUGGCCCUGGUGUGCCGCAGACAGAGCAUUCCAGAGGAGUUCCGAGGGGUCACCGUGGUGGAGCUGAUCAAGAAAGAAGGCAGCACGCUGGGCCUGACCAUCUCGGGGGGCACUGACAAGGACGGGAAGCCCAGGGUCUCCAACCUGAGGCCCGGGGGUCUUGCAGCCAGGAGUGACCUGUUGAACGUCGGUGACUACAUUCGGUCAGUGAACGGGAUCCACCUGACCAGGCUUCGCCACGAUGAGAUCAUCACCCUGCUCAAGAACGUGGGCGAGCGCGUGGUGCUGGAGGUGGAGUAUGAGCUGCCCCCGCCCGCCCCUGACAACAACCCAGGGAUCUUUUCAAAGACAGUGGAUGUCUCUCUCUACAAGGAGGGCAAUAGCUUUGGCUUUGUCCUCAGAGGAGGUGCCCAUGAAGAUGCCCACAAGUCCCGCCCGCUCGUCCUGACCUCCGUGCGGCCUGGUGGCCCGGCCGACAGGGAGGGCUCCUUGAAAGCAGGUGACCGGCUGCUCAGCGUCGAUGGGAUCCCAUUGCAUGGGGCCAGCCAGGCAGCCGCCCUGGCCACCCUGCAGCAAUGCAGCCAUGAGGCGCUCUUCCAGGUGGAGUAUGACGUGACCAUCCCAGACACAGUGGCCAACGCUUCGGGCCCCUUGAUGGUGGAAAUAGCCAAAACACCAGGGUCUGCACUGGGCAUCUUGCUCACCGCCAGCUCCCACCGGAAUAAGCCGGUCAUCAUCAUCGACCGCAUCAAGCCAGCCAGCGUGGUGGACAGGAGCGGGGCCCUACACUCUGGAGACCACAUCCUGUCCAUCGACGGCAAUAGCAUGGAGCACUGCUCGCUGCUCGAGGCCACCAAACUCUUGGCUGGCGUGUCGGAGAAGGUGCGCCUGGAGAUCCUGCCUUCACCCCAAAGUCGGCGGCUCCUGAAGCCUUCGGAGGCAGUAAAGGUGCAGAGGAGUGAGCAGCUGCAUCGUUGGGACCCCUACGUGCCCUCCUGUCACAGCCCCCGGCCCGGCCCCUGCAGGACACCCACCUGGGCCUCCCCUGUCAGCCAGGACCAGAGCCGAUCCCUGUCCUCGACUCCCUUUUCCUCGCCGACCAUCAACUAUGGCGUCCCCUGUGCCAACCCCAGCACCCUUCCCCGCGGAUCCCAGCCCAUGAGUCCUCGGACCACAAUGGGGCGGAGGAGGCAGCGAAGGAGGGAACACAAGAGCUCGUUGUCACUGGCCUCCAGCACGGUGGGGCCAGGCGGACAGAUCGUGCACGUGGAGACCACGGAGGUCGUGCUCUGCGGAGACCCCCUCAGCGGCUUUGGCCUCCAGCUCCAGGGUGGCAUUUUCGCCACCGAGACCCUGUCCUCCCCACCCCUUGUGCGCUUCAUUGAGCCCGACAGCCCGGCUGAGAGGUGUGGGCUGCUGCGGGUGGGCGACCGUGUCCUCUCCAUCAACGGCAUGGCCACCGAGGAUGGCACCAUGGAGGAAGCCAAUCAGCUGCUGCGGGACGCCGCUCUGGCUCGUAAGGUCGUGCUGGAGAUUGAGUUUGACGUGGCGGAGUCCGUCAUCCCGAGCAGCGGCACCUUCCACGUGAAGCUGCCCAAGAGGCGGGGCGUGGAGCUGGGUAUCACCAUCAGCUCGGCCAGCAGGAAGCGAGGGGAGCCACUGAUCAUCUCGGACAUCAAAAAAGGCAGUGUGGCACACAGGACCGGCACCCUCGAGCCUGGAGACAAGCUGUUGGCCAUUGACAAUAUCCGCCUAGACAACUGUCCCAUGGAGGACGCUGUGCAAAUCCUGCGGCAGUGUGAGGACCUAGUGAAGCUGAAGAUCCGGAAGGACGAGGACAACUCAGAUGAGCAGGAGACCACGGGCGCCAUCAGCUACACAGUGGAGCUGAAACGCUACGGGGGUCCCCUGGGCAUCACCAUCUCGGGCACGGAGGAGCCUUUUGACCCCAUUGUCAUCUCGGGCCUCACCAAGCGUGGUCUGGCUGAGAGGACGGGCGCCAUCCACGUGGGGGACUGUAUCCUGGCUAUCAACAGUGUCAGCCUCAAAGGCCGGCCGCUGAGCGAGGCCAUCCACCUUCUGCAGGUGGCUGGCGAGACUGUCACGCUGAAGAUCAAGAAGCAGCUGGACCGCCCCCUCCUGCCCUGCAAGUCGGGCAGCCUCAGCGAGGCCAGUGAUGCUGACGAGGACCCCCCAGAAGCGCUCAAAGGGGGCCUGCUGGCAAGCCGGUUCUCGCCUGCCGUGCCCAGCGUGGACAGUGCUGUAGAGUCCUGGGACAGCUCAGCCACCGAGGGUGGCUUUGGGGGCCUAGGUUCCUACACUCCACAGACAGCAGCCCGGGGUGGGAGCUCCCAUGAGUGGCGGCCCAGCCGGCUGAGGAGCAGCCCUCCACCCAGCGAGCCCCGGAGGACGAGCUAUACCCCGGCCUCUGCCAACGAGAGCUUCCUCGAGGAGGAGGAGGAGGAGGAGGAGGACGAUGACGAUUGGGAACCAUCAGAUAGCCCAGUCCCCGCCCCUGCCCGGGAGGAGGGCUUCUGGCAUGUCUUUGGGGAAGCCGUUGAAGACCUGGAGUCAUGUGGUCAGACCGAGCUGCUGAGGGAACUGGAGGCAUCCAUCAUGAUGGGCACUGUACAGAGCAUGGCCCUCGAGGGCAGGCCCGAGCAAGGGCCCUGGCGGAGGGGCCGGGAGGCACGAGUUUCCCCCAAAGAGAUGCAGGAGCUGCUGCCGCCGAAAGCCUUGGAGAUGCACAAGGUGAUCCUGCACAAAGACCCCAAGAAAAAUGACUUUGGUUUCAGCGUCUCAGACGGCCUUCUGGAGAAGGGUGUCUAUGUCCACACAGUGCGACCGGAUGGGCCAGCUCAGCGUGGGGGCCUCCGGCCCUUCGACAGGGUCCUUCAGGUCAACCGUGUUCGUACGCGGGACUUCGACUGCUGCCUGGCGGUGCCACUCCUGGCUGAGGCGGGUGAAAUCCUGGAGCUCGUGAUCAGCCGCAACCCCCUGGCUCAGACCAACCGGACCCUGCCAACGCCGGGCCCCAGCAGCCCCUGCAUGCUCUGA